CGUCGGUGUUGGCAUUUCCUUGGUUCAUAGUGUUUAGUUGUACACAGUAAAUAUUCGCGUAUGACACAAAUUAAGACAUGGCUGAAAAGAUCCAGCAGCUGGAGUCUUUGGUGAUCCGCAGCCUCAGGCGGUUUAGAGACCGCUAUUUCCCUGAUAAAGUUGUCGAAGCCGACUUGGCAGUUGGAGACUCGGGAAAAGAAGAACAACAGUAUGGAUUUUUGGAUACCUUACCGGUGGAUGUACAGUUUCUGAUCAUGACCUUUCUGUCUCCUGCGGAUCUCUGCCACCUUGGAGCCACAAGUCGUUACUGGAGGGCCAUGGUUAGAGAUCCAUUAUUGUGGAGAUACUUCCUAUUGCGGGACAUGCCAUACUGGCCCUCCAUUGAUCAUGUGACCAUACCCCAUCCAGACUUGCUGGAUGCACCGCUAAUAAGUGAAGACGAGAGCCUGGAUGAUAGAGAAGAGGGAAAUGAAGGAAUAAAACUAAAAUUUGACUACAUGUCAGAAUACCUGAAAGGUUGCCCAUCCUCCAGACAGCAGUGGCUUCCUUCACGACCAGCAUAUGAGGUUGUGACCUCAUUUUUUCAGUCCCUGGUACCCUCAUCUGAACCGCGUUACGCCAUGUUUGGUCCUGGCAUGGAGCAGCUGGAUGUCUCUUUAGUCACAAGGCUUAUGCAUGCUCCAGAUAUACUUCCUGUGUCAGGCACUCCGCACAGACAGAUAAAUGGUAUUGGCUCGGGGAUAAGUUACAUGUUCAAUAACCAACACAAAUUUAACAUCCUCACUCUGUAUUCAACCAACAGGGCAGAGAGAGAAAGAGCCAGAGUGCAACAGGAGAGCAUCAGCAAUAAACUCUUUACCUUUGAAGGAAAUGACGACUCAGGGGACCCAGUGUGCGUUCCUGCUCCUCAGGUUCAGCAGGUGUGCCAGGUGGUGGAUGGGUUCAUCUAUGUUGCCAAUGCAGAGCCUGAGAGAGUAGGUGGUGAGAAGUCUGAAGGAGUCCAGAUUCGAGCUGUGCUAAACUGCAGUAGGGGUUCCACAUCCAAACCUCUGCUGGUGCUCUCAUGCAUCUCAAGAGAACAAACAGAAACAGUUUGGACUCCCAACACCAGAUCCAUGUGUCGAACUCCCUGUGUUGACAUGGCAAGGAGACUUGGCCUACCCCACCUGCCUAACCCCUGGAUGGUACAGGAUACAGUGGCAGAAUCCCUGUCGGGGCUUUUGGAUGGCAUUUCCUGGCUGCUGAGAUGUUCUGGAGUCAAGCUCUACUAACACCUGCUGUUGCACGAUGGAUCAGAACCGCAGACAUCGGUCUUUUUUGUAUUUUUUUUGACACCAAUACACACUAGGACAUUUCCUGAGUCCUUCAGGUUCAGGACUGAAGGUUUGCCAAUGCAGUUUAAUUAUAUGGACUAGAAGCAAAAGAAAAUAUUGGGUAAAUAGUGAUCUUGGACACCUAAAAGACACUUUGGUAUUAUUUGCAGAAAGAUCCAUAUGAAGGAGCUGUGCACUAACUCGACAAACUACUUUCAUUUAACACUAUUUUGAGAGCGACGCAUAAAUGAAGUUGCAUUAAUGGUUUUGUGGUGGAUGAAGGAACAAAGCAACAGGAAUGUACAGCCAGACAGACUUUAGGUGCAAAAUUGGGAAAAACAUUCAAAUCAAAUUAAUUACCACUUAACUAUAACACUUUAUGUAAAUAAUCAUUUAAAAGCAUAAAUGCUGCUUUAAUUUCUGCAUAUCAUGAGUGGCAUAGUGAGUUACCACUUAGUCAUGUGGCUGAAUGCUUUAACAUUUAAUAAAUGGUAUUUUUAAGGCUUUUUUGUGAUCUUAAUGGAGUAAAAUGACUUUGGUGUAAAAGUAAUUUCUGUUAACUUCCUAUAGAAUUGUCCUAUAGAAAAUCUGCUUAUGCAACUUUCAUACAAAAUAUUUUGCCUAUUGAUCAAAGGUUUCUAGCCACCCAAUUUACAUCAGCAAAUAUUGGCAUACCAUUUAAUUUUGUUACUACUCAAACUCAAAUUUUGUUAAUUCUCCAUAAUGUAAUGGCUUACACAUUUGCUUAACUAGUGAAAGAUCACUUGAAGUGACUCCUUGUGAAUAAUGGAGCACUAAAAAUAGCCUUACUUCAUAAGAAUAUUUCUGUCAAUGCAGCAAUAUAUUUUUUUCAUAAAAGCUGUAUUUAUUAUUUUAAUUGUUUACAUCUUUUUUUGUUAUUAUUGCACAUUUUGCUUUCCUUUUACAUAUAAGAAUUGCCGGUGUUGUGAUGAAAAUCCCUCUUUUUCAAAUGAUAAAUAAAC